AUGAGUAUUGGAGCUGGUUUGUUAAUAAUUUGUGGAGGUUUAUUAAUGACAAAUAAUGAAAGUUUUGAUGAUAAUGAUCAUCAUGGAUCAACAUACUCUCAUGAUGAGUAUUUAGCCGUUCCCGAUGAUUCAGUAUUUUAUAUGCCUUUACUUCAGAAAGAAAUAUUACGAUUAAAAGAAAAAUUGCAUCAUUUAGAAUUGACUGUAAAGAGAAUGAAUUCACAGUUACAAGCUUAUUGCAAUAAUAAGAAAUCGGUUGAGGUUUUACCCGAUUUCGCAUCAGAAACUGUUGGUGGAUCCAUAGUUGGAAUUCCUGAUACUGAAUCGUUUCAUGAACCAAACGUUCGAAUAUCCUUAUUUGGGAUUCCUAUUCCUCUAUGGAAUCCUAAUUAUCGUUCUCCACGUACAAUUCUUCAACCAUGGACAGAAGCCGGAGAAUGUUGGCCUUUUCGUGGAUCCCAGGGAAAUGUUAUCAUUGAAUUAGCACAAUUAGCUCUAGUGGAUCAUGUAACUUUAGAACACAUUCCAGCAUCCGCUUCAUUAACAGGAUCAAUCACUUCCGCGCCCAAAGAAUUUCGAGUACUUGGUGAACAUCAGAAUGAAUAUUUACUUUUGGGAUCAUUUAUCUAUCAUUAUAAUGGGCCUAUUUCUCAAACAUUUGAAAUAACUAGCCUAGAUAUAAAAAAAAUUCCAAUAAAAAUAGUGAUGCUCCAAAUCGUAUCGAAUUGGGGAAAUCCUACCUACACUUGCAUAUAUAGAUUUAGAGUUCACGGAAGAGCGUAUAACCAAUUUGACGAUCAAUCUUCAGUAAAUGAAAAUUAG